AUGGUUAUUACAACAAGCACUGCUAUCCCCACAGUUCACUCCGAGAUCCGGCUCAACUCCAAUCGCACCUUGAGAUAUGUGGCACCAUUCUUAAUCGACAAGAACUACCUCACCGAUGGAACGACCAUAAAACGAAAAGUUUCAGAAUGUAAGUAAUCCUUACAAGCAUAAGACGAUCGUGUUUAGCACAAGAUGAUAAUGAGUCAUGGGAAGGAGUAUUGGAUAUGUGUCAAGCCAUGGAUGAUAUAAUCGAAAUCGACAAAGAGAGCGAGUUGAUGGCCGAGAAAAGUGUUCUCGAGAUUGGAUUCUGCACUGGUCUUCCAAGUGUUUUUGCAUUGGACAGUGGGGCUUCUGAUGUUACAAUCCAUGCAUGGUCAUCUACAGCCUUGGAAUUCUAUGUAAAGCCUACCAUGAAGAGGAACAAGGUGCCCAAAAACAUAUGCAAAUUCAAUUCAUCCAUUUUGAAAUCAACCAUCCAGAGUCUUGGAGGAAAGAAAUUUGACGUAAUUGUAGCUCCAGAACUGCUUCAAAUGGAUGAAACAGACUUUGAAGAAGUCCAUGGCAUUUUAGAUGCUGCUUUGAAACCCUUCGGAAUCGUCCUGAUCUGUUCACGAUCAUAUUAUCCUCAUUGCUCUGGGAAUAUCCCGGCGUUCAUGGAGAUGUGCAAGAUGAAAGGAGUUUUCGACGCUUACUUAAGGUGGUCUUCAACAAAGCCAGACCAGGAUUCUCAUAGAGUUAUCCAACUCACUCGGACUCUGCGUUAA